AUAAACCUUUUUAAUAAAUGUGUAAUAAAGAAAAUGUGUGAAAAAUAAAAUGUUAUAGAAAAAUGGAAUAUUUUUGUCAUAAGCGUAAGAAUUCCUAAAAAAACUCCUGGCAUCACUGCGAUGAACCCUUUUAAAACGGAAGCGUCAAAUGUGGUCGUAAACAAAACGCUUGAAAGUUUUUGCUUUAAAAACAACAAUAUUAAAAUUAUACAAAAUGUCCAGUAUUUUAACAGAUGAACAACGUAAUCUCUAAAAAACUAAAUCUUGAUCUCCGUUCAAACAAAUCUCUGCACUCUGUUCGUAAUGGGUCAUACAAAUUUCCUAAUUUUUAGCUUAUUGCGAAAAAAAACUAUUUUUUGAAAAAAGAGGCAUAUCUAUGUACAUAUAGACCGCUUGUAAAAUUGUUUGGAAAUCUAUGAGAGAUCAGUAUCAACGUUAUAUGCGAUCACCUACAAAUAAGAGAAAACAAUUUCGUUACCUAGCAAAGUUAUCAUUUUUGGAAGGAUUUACGAAACACACUAAAAAUAACGUAAUAUUUUGCAAUGAUAACGCAAUCGAAUAUUUCAUCGAUAAUUCAUCAAAUUCUUCCAAUCAUAGAAUAAUUUCUAAGAAUGAAUCCGAAGAUUACAAUGAAGACGACUACAAUGAAGAAAUUACGAAAUGUUCUAAUAAUAGCAAAGAAUCUGAACACGAGGAAAUUACUAGUGAGCCGACAAAGAAAUUCGAUGCAUUACCUCAAACGGUAAAUGAUCCUAUAUGUUGUGAAAAUUAUUUCACAAAUAGCACUAUGACCGAUGGUAAUGGAAAUGUCACUGGAGUGGAUAAAUCUUCAAAUGUUGUCUGUGAUAGUAUAAGUAAUUUUCUGGCAAAGUAUAUUAAAACCGAUGAAGAUGAUAAUGAUUUAUUUUUGAAAAUGUUGGGAAAGAAAAUGAAAAAGUUACCGUUAACAGUGAAAAAUCGUCUGCAAGAACGUUUCUUAAAAGACGUUAAUGAUGAAAUAAGUAAAUUAAAUUGAAUUUUAUUAAAAUUUAUAUAUUUGUAUAUUAUAUGUGUAAAUAAAAGUUAGCAUUAUGUCUUACUAAAUAAUUACAA